AUGGCGGACGCCACAUGUGACCGCAACUUCUAUACAGAACGGUACCAAAUUCUCACCAAGCUUGAUGCCCUAAUUGAGGCCUUCUGGGCAAAACUGACUGUCAGAGAGCGGCAGGCCAUGGAACCAACGCACAUGCCCAUCAGAGAACUCGCACAUACCCGACACAGCUGCACGGGCCUUCGCCUGACGAGACCUACAUUAUGGCGCUGGAGAGGGAGUCCCCUCCCGUCUGCACUCAAACAGGCAAGACCAAGCCGCAUAACGAUACCAACCCGAGGUGGCCCACAAGCUCACCAUAGACUGGGCAAGAAGCAGAGACCCACAACGCGACCAACCACUGGCAAGCUUCCCUCACGGCCCCGAACCCUCCCGAUAUCACGGAAAGCCCCAGAGAAUCAGAAGGGUACUCCACUUACCUGCAUCAUCAAAGCGGGCCUCCACAGCGACGUGCGGACGAGCCGGCCACCGAAACCAGUGACGUUGCACCUAGCAACCCCCCAGCAGGAUUGGCAAGUAUCCCUAACAUCUUUCCCUGUGCUGGGCAUAGGCUGA